AAAUCACGUUACAUAUUCGUUAAUGAUGAGUAAGUUUGGGAGAAAUGUGCAAAUUCUGCAGACUCUUAUUAAUUAUAACAGUGAUGUUAAUGCAGUAGAUUUUGUGGGAGAUGAUGUUUUAGUAACUGGAUCUGGUGACAAAAGAGUACGAGUUUGGGAAUGGGAAGUAGGAAAAGGAUUUAUAGAAGCUUCAUUUUCACCGCUUUUAGGACAUAAGUAUGGUAUUACAUCAGUUAAAGUAAGUCCGCAAUCAACGAUGCUUGCAUCAACAAGCAUUGACGGAACCACACAAUUAUGGAAUUUAAGAUCAGGUUCAAAAAUCCAUACAAUGGUACAAACAGGUGGUGAAGCCGUUAGAGUUUGUAGAUUUUCACCAGAUUCAUCACUUUUAGUUACUGCAGGGGAUAAUGGACAAGUAUGUUUGUGGGAUUUAAUCAGACGAAUCUUAAUAAGAAGAUUUCAAAAACAUGAAGGAGCAAUACAAAGCUUAAGUUUCACUCCUGACUCUAGCUGGCUUCUAACCUCUUGUACACUUGGUGUUCUUCAAUUAUUCUACUGUAAUGAAAUACUUAAUAUUUGUCCAUCGCAUCAUCAAGAUAUAAAUAUAUUUGCACAAGUUGAUGAUGCUCAUGAUCUCGGUGUUGUUUGCUGUGAUUUUUCUUCCAUUCAAGAAGUAACCAAUAACGAGCCAUUUAUCAAAUUAUAUCAUCUUGUUACUUGUGGAAACGACAAUCAUGUGAAGUUAUGGGCAGUAAAAGUGACAAAGACAAAAUGUGAAUGCUAUUCCGUGUCUGCAACGAUCGAGCUCUGCAGGAUUAUGGAUAAACACAGUUGUGCCUUAACUUGUGUUCGAUUUAGCUCUAAUGGAUUGUAUACUGCUAGCACUGGUCUUGACAAAUCUAUCAUUAUUUGGGAAACGAAUACUGGACGAGUAGUUACGGUUCUUACUGGACAUUGUCGAUACGUAGCUUGCUGUGCUUUUUCAAAAAAUGGAAAUUUAUUAGCUACAGGGUCUAAUGAUAAACGCGUAAUUAUUUGGGAUUUAAUUGGAAAUUUGAACUUGAACUCUGAACUUAUUUGUCAUAAUUCAGUAAUGUUACAAAAUAAGAGUAAGGAUAAAAAAGUGAAAACUGAUGUAGUAAAGCAUGCAGAAACGAAUAAUAAUGAAGUUAUACUUGUGCAACGAUUGAAUGAUCACAAAGGGGCUAUUAAUUCAGUAGCGAUUUUUGGCAACUGUUUGAUUGCUUCUGGCUCAAGAGAUAAAUUUGUGAGAAUUUGGAAUGUCAAAUAUGAUGAAAACGAUGAAACAUCAAUUUUUCAAGAAAUGAAUUAUAAUCCACUUGCCGGACAUAAGUAUAGUGUUAAUUACGUCGAGUACAGUCCAUGCGGUACAAAACUUGCUUCUUGCUCAAUGGAUGGUACUACUAUUAUUUGGGAUGUAGAGACUGGCAAUCAAGCAAGAGCAUCAUUCGUAAAUUCUAGUUUAGCAGUUCGUGUGUGUCGAUGGUCACCAGAUGGAACAAAAAUAGCAACUGCUGGAGAUGAUGAAAAAAUAAUACUAUGGGAUUUAGACACUAUGGAAGAAUUGAGAAUUUUUGAAGGUCAUAUAGAUGCAAUAACAACACUUGCUUUCACUCCUGACUCGCGCUAUCUCGUGGCAGCUUGUAGUGGUGGUACUUGGCGUUUAUUUGAUACAGGAUAUGCACUGAGUGCUUCUGUCAAUGCGCUCCUCGUCUGUAAUAAGGGGCAUGAUCUUGGUGUACAAGGAUGUGAUUUUAGUCCCAUUAUUAAACCUUUUAUUAUAACAGGUUUGGCCAAUGAAUCUUAUAUGAUGGUAACGUGUGGCAACGAUUCGCUUAUAAAAUUUUGGAGCAUCAUAGUAAUCAUAGAAGAUGUCGAUUUGAUGAAGAGACUCGGUAGUAAAAGUCUCAGAAUAUUAUACACCGAAAAGCGACAGUUUGUUGGACAUGGAGGUAAUGUCACAUGCGUCAAAUUUUCACCGAUCCAUGGGGAAAUUUUGGGGAGUGUUGCGACCGACCGAACAGCACGCAUUUGGGGCGUUCGUACUGGAAUCUGUUUGUAUGUACUUGAAAAUCAUAACACCUUCGUUACCACCUGUGCUUUUUCUGAAGAUACAUCUCUUUUUUUAACAGGUACAUUGGAUAAGUCCGUUUUUAUUUGGAAAUUACCUAAACAAUUAAUUUCUCAAAAUAUUUUAAUUAAGCACCUACGAAAUAUUAGAAAAAAAGUGAUUGAUUGGACAGUGGAUGAUAUUAUUAAAUGGCUGCAUGAAGUGAACUUAUCCAAUUUGGUAAAAAAUGUAAAAAUUCUUUCUUUAAAUGGAAGGAUACUAUUACAUAUGCCAGAAGGAAUUGUAAUAAGUAAACUUCGAUUUAAUUAUUCUAUAGAGAAACUUGAAAUGUUUCGUAAGCAGUUAUAUUGGUUGAAAUGUGAAGAUUCCAAUGCAAUGUGCAUCACUGAUAAUGUAGAUAUUCCAGAUGAUUUCUUAUGUCCCAUUACUCGUGAAGUAAUGAGAGAACCCGUUCAAUGUUCAGAUGGUUUCACUUACGAAAGAGCAGCAAUAAAUGAAUGGUUUCUUUGCAGCAAAUUUACCAGCCCGAUGACAAAUGAAUCACUGAAAACAAUGAACCUGAAACCAAAUGUAACUCUUCGAAAUGAAAUUUUUAUGUUCUUAUAUGGUGAUGGUAAAAGAGCAUAAUAAAAAUACUAUAUCAAUUAAA